UCGUCUCUGAAUAUCUUCCAAGGAUUGAAAUACGGUGUACUUUUCAGCAUCACUUAUUUGAGAAACAGAGUUUAGUGUAUGCUAUCUUUGCACUCCUGGGCACGGCUCUUGAAGAAAGAACGCAAUGGAAAUUCAGCGAAACAGCAGAAUGUUAAAUAAUCUCCAUCAAUCAUUUGUAUUACAUGCACAGCUCUACAAAAACACGCAGAGGAUGAUAUUGUUGUCUCUGUUACUUCUGUGCGGUGUUUGUGAUGCAGAAACAGAUGAGACAAUGCUAGUGAUGGAAGGAGAUUCUGUAAUUCUACGUACUAAUCUUUCUGAAAUACUGAACGAUGAUACAAUACUCUGGGCGUUUGGGCCUAAAGAAUCGGUCAUAUCUCAGAUAACGAGAAAGAACGACUUUACCUCUCUUUUUGUCACCGAUGAUGUGAGAUUCGCAGACAGAUUGCAGGUGGACCAAAAAACUGGCUCUCUCACCAUCAGAAACACCAGAAACAAACACUCGGGACAAUAUUACCUUACAAUCUCAAGAGAAAAGACCACAUCCAGGAUAUUUCAUGUGGAUGUCUUUGGUGUGGUUGGUGAGACGGAUGGAGUGAAAUCAGUGUCAGUGAUUGAAGGGGAACCUGUCAUUCUAAAGAAGGAUGCUACUGAAUUACUGAAAGAUGAUCUGAUAGUAUGGAGGUUUGGAGAUAAAGGCAUCCUCCUAGCUAAAAUCGAUGUAGAAACUAACAAGCGCUCAUUAAAUGAUGCUGAUGAACGAUUCAGAAACAGACUACAACUAGAUCAAACUGGAUCUCUGACCAUCACAAAUGCCAGAACUGAACACACUGGACUUUAUGAAGUACAGAUCAGAAGCCGCGUGAGCUCACAGCAGUUCCUUGUUACUGUCAGUGCUGAUUUGGGUCGGUCUUCAGCUGUCAUAGUUGUUGCUGUUCUGCUGGUGGCUGGACUUUUAGUUGCUGUUGUGAUUUACUAUCGCCGCAAGAUCUCUGAACUACAAAAACAAGAGGUGUCAGGGACGGAAGGAAGAACUGUCGUUCUAAAGACUGAUACUAAACUACAGAUCGGUGAUGAGAUAAAGUGGUGGUUUGAAGAUGGGAACAAACCCAUAAUCCAAAUCAGUGAAUGGACCAUUACAGACACUGAUAUAGCAUGUGAUACUACUGACGAGAGAUUCAGAAGCAAACUGCUGAUGGGUGGUAAGACUGGAGAUCUCAUUAUCAGUUAUAUCAGGACCAUUCACUCUGGAGUCUACAAAGUACAGAUCAGCGGCAAAACCAGAAGAACCAAAUACAAGAGAUUCAUUGUUACUGUCAGUGUGGAGAAAGUGCCAGUGAAGGUUGGAGAAUCUGUCACUCUAAAGACCGAUAUUGAAAUACAGGAAGGAGAUCUGAUACUGUGGACCUUUGGAGUUAAAAACCGUCUCGUUGUUAAAGCUGAAUCAGGAACACCUAGUAUUAGUGAGAGCUUCAGAGGCAGACUGCAGCUGAAUGAUCUGCACUGCAAUGGAUCUCUGACCAUCACAAACAUCACCAAUGCAGACUUUGGAUAUUUUCUACUACAGGUCCUCAACAGCGAACGGAACAGGUUCAGGAGAUUCAGUGUGAUCGAAGUGAAGAAAGUGUUUGUGAAGGUUGGAGAAUCUGUCACUCUAGAGACCGAUAUUAAAAUACAGGAAGGAGAUCUGAUACUGUGGACCUUUGGAGAUAAAAACAUUGUUAAAACUGAAUCAGGAACAACUAUUAUUGAUGAGAGCUUCAGAGGCAGACUGCAGCUGAAUGAUCUGCACUGCAAUGGAUCUCUGACCAUCAAAAACAUCACCAAUGAAGACUUUGGACAUUUUAAACUACAGGUCCUCAACGGCAAAUGGAACAGAUUCAGGAGAUUCGAUGUGAUCGAAGGAAACAAAGUGAAGAAAUCGACGAAAGCGAAACUACUGCUGAAUGAAGAGGGUGCGCAGCAGGGGACGAGUUCAGUUUAAUAAGACACGCCCAUCACUGUCAAUCUUUGUGACAUCAUCAACACUUGAGCUGAACAAUAUAUUUGUCAUGAAUCCUUCACCACACAGACUGUUUCACCCUUUAACCCCGGACUACAUUUCCCAUGAUCCAUUUCACACGACACUGUUUUGCAAACACACCUGUAGCCAAUCACAUGGACUAUUUAUCACACACACUCACCAUAAUUCGGGCCGAGUAUUGUAUUCAUGUGUCGCUGUUUAGCGUUCCAUUCCAAGUCUUAGUGUGAGUCAGAGUCUUGUUUCGUCUCGUCUUGUCAUUGCCUGAUCACCUGUGUCUUUGAUCCUUGGCUGUUUUUCUUGUCUUGUUCAUUCUCUGCUUGCCCUGAUCUUCGCCUGUAUCCUGGAGUACUCUUUUGUCUUGCCCUAUUUAUCACUGUUUGCUGGUACUGACCCCAGCCUGUCUGACUACGCUCUCAUAAUAAAGCCCGCAUAUGGAUCUGCACGCCUUCAUCACGCAUGGCUUCAUUACAAUAUUUCUGCAUUUAUGAAAAAAAAAAAGAAAUAAAACUUUUUAAAUGCAAGUUUAACAGUUCAACAGCGCAUGGGUUUAAGAAUUUUCUCUGGAAACGUAUUCAAUAUUUUAAACAAAGCUUUGUCAAUUAUCAUUCAAAAGAACUUUUUGGAACUAGUCUACUGUGCCUGUCCAGUUUCUGUGUUUCUGUCGUUUAGUAGAGUAUUAGUUGAAUUUAUUAUGUACGUAUGCAGGCAUUAAUUAAUUGUGAUGAAAAGUAUAUUGAGAAUUAUAAUUUUGUAUUUUGCAUAGUUUCAUAUGUUUUUUUUUAUUAUUAUUUAUUUUCCCUUGUUUUUUUUUUUUCCCUUGUUUUUUUUUUCUUUUCCCUUGUUUUUUUUUUUUUCUUUUUCUCCUUGGUUGAUGUUAAGGAUUUGGUUCAUUAAUUUUUAAUUUGUUGAUGUAUUUAUCAUUAUUAUUAUUAUUAUAUUAUCGUGUUAGGUCAUAUGACCUUGGAUCACCUGGAGGUAUAAAGAGUGUUAUUAGUGUCAUUAGUUUUGUUUAAUUUGUCUGAUGAAGAGCCUGCGUGCUCGAUACAUCAAUACAUCACACGCUAUGUGAAAUAUUUUUAAAUAAAUUUUUGAUAAUUUUGGAGCUUUGGUGUUGCCGACUUUGCAUUUGAUUUUUCUAAUUGUUUUGUGGUCGAGCACUCAUUUGAGAUUGAUGUGCAUACUUUUGUUUGCUUUUUGUAUUUCUGUCGUUGUCCAUGCCAAUAAAGAUUUGUUGACUGACUUGGAGAAAGAGAAAAACAGCAGAUGGCGCUAAUGCAGUAUUAUAGUUUGAGAUGAGUUAAAAUAAAGAUGUUACCGUCGUAAGAAAGUGUACAUGCACACAGUGCGCAUCAAAUUUUCGGGGUUCCCUGGAUAUGUGUUAUGUCUAAUAAAGCUGGAGGAUUUUGGUUUAA